AUUCGCCAGUCACCUGCCGAUUUCACCGUUGGUGAAGUUUCUCGUGACCGACGCGGCGCCGUUUUGGCCAGUUCUUCUAGGUUCAGUUUUCCUCUUCCUGUGGAGCUCUUCUUCGGCAACAAUGUUAGUGAAUUCGCCGACAUUGAUUGGGACGAGAUGGAUUUCGGGCUUACAGCAACGGAUUACAUGUACGCCAUGAAAUGUAGCCGCGAUGGUGAUUUCUCCAAAGGUGAGUUGCUGCGUUUUGGUAACAUUGAAGUCAACCCAGCAGCUGCUGUUCUCAACUAUGGCCAAGGUUUGUUUGAAGGUCUAAAAGCUUACAGAAAACAAGACGGCAACAUUCUCCUCUUCCGUCCUGAGGAGAAUGCGAUCCGAAUGAGAAACGGUGCUGAAAGAAUGUGCAUGCCUUCUCCAACCGUCCAACAGUUUCUUGAAGCUGUGAAAGAAACUGUUUUGGCAAACAAACGCUGGAUUCCACCUCCAGGUAAAGGAUCGUUAUACAUAAGGCCAUUGCUCAUUGGAACUGGAGCUGUUCUUGCUCUUACUCCUGCUCCUGAAUACACUUUCCUUAUCUACGUUUCACCCGUCGGGAACUACUUUAAGGAAGGUGUGGCGCCGAUCAACUUGAUUGUUGAAAGUGAAUUCCAUCGUGCAACUCCCGGUGGUACCGGAGGUGUUAAAACCAUCGGUAACUAUGCCGCGGUCUUGAAGGCACAGUCGAUUGCGAAAGCUAAAGGGUAUUCUGAUGUUUUAUACCUUGAUUGCGUUUACAAAAGAUACAUCGAAGAGGUUUCGUCUUGCAAUAUCUUCAUUGUCAAGGAUAAUGUGAUCUCUACUCCUGAAAUUAAAGGAACCAUCUUGCCUGGAAUCACCCGCAAGAGUAUAAUCGACGUGGCUCGAAGCCAAGGCUUUAAGGUGGAGGAACGAAAUGUGACAGUUGAUGAAUUGGUAGAAGCGGACGAAGUUUUCUGCACAGGGACCGCCGUUGUUUUAUCUCCUGUCGGAACCAUCACUUACAAAAGUCAAAGGGUUUCCUACGGAGAAGAUGGUUUUGGAGCUGUCUCAAAACAACUAUUCACUGUCUUGACGAGACUGCAAAUGGGUUUGAGCGAGGAUAACAUGAACUGGACUGUUCAGUUGAGUUAA